AUGGAUGAAUUCCUGGGAUCCUGGAAACUGGAGUUCAAUGAGGGCUUGAACGAAAUACUAACUCGUCUGGGUGCAGGCUACAUCACUCGAAAAACGUUGAACGUCUCCAAACCCGUGCUUACCUUCGCUCGUGAACACGGACCCGGAGACCCUGAAGUGGGCGAGUGGUACUCGCUCAAAACGUUCUCGACGCUCAAAUCCUCCACCAUCGUCUUCCGUAUCGGUUAUACAUUCGAUGAGAACACCACGGAUGGACGAACUGUGCGUACCGUGUUCACCGUGGAUGGACAGGUCUUGAAACAAGAGCAGAAGGGGACAAAGACCGCGUAUAUUACGUACACAAGGGAGGGUGAUUUGCUAAAAACGGUGAUUAAAGUGGAGGACUUGACCUGUUUCCGCAAUUAUCGACGCGUCGUUCAGCCACCGCCAGCGAAUGGUACAACACCGUCGGUGAGCACUGCGAAGUCCUCCGAACAACCAACUUCUCCUACUUCGAUCGAGGAGUUGGAUAAUACUAAUUCGACAAAAUAA